CUUUCUUUGCGCUGUCCUCCAAAUCAAAACAUCAGACAUAGAAAUGAUCAUCUGGACUCUCGACGCAAUUGACAAAAUCUUUUCGACGAGGAAAAGAGGUUCGGGGGAGCCUGGCUGCCCUGAUGGAACCAUUGCCGCGGGGUACGUGAGAGAUUCCUGGGAUAAAUGGAGAAUCAUGUGCCUCUCAGUCCUUUCCAUCGAGGACGUGGAAGACAUCUACCUAUUUGGAACCGUGAUCGCGGGGCACCUGCUGAUUGGGCUGGGCACUGCUCUGGUGUAUCGUCAAAUUCGUAAGACGAUGUCAGCCACUCAAGGAGCCCAAAGGCUGUUCGUCGCAAUGAAAGGUUUGGGCCGGUUUGUGGGAUCACAGACUGUGGCGAUUUCUGAACUGAAUCGCAAGAUGGAUCACAUCAUGGAGAAGCGAAAAGGAAAAAUUUAAUAUGAGAGCAGCCAGCAUGGACGAAUAGAACAGACAAGUCAUUGUAUUGUCUGCUCGCGGAAAACAAACAUCCUCAUCCACGAUUUCACUCCCUCGAAUGGCCUUGACACUGUGAACAAAAGGGACAGGCUGUUCUGAAAACAACCCCAAGGACACCUCAAUGAUGGACGCUUUUAAACUCCCUCCCUCCUCAACGACACCUGGAGUCGAACUUUUGCUUGCAUGCAGAACGGCCCCAGUCUAUAAAUAUUACAUCAUCACACCCAAGACAAUGGGCACAUACACACACACACCCUCCCCCACCCCACACCUUCACCACCGCUUGUUUCCCCUCGGGGUGAUGGACGGCUGGCAGCGCUUCAUAGCAGCAGUCGCCCUUCAGGGCCCCAACUCCCCGCCCUUCUGUUGCGAGUUAAAUGUAACAUGUUUAUGUGUGCAUUGCAUGGAGGUUUUUUCCCACUCCAGACUAGGCCCUCUUAGGAGUCCAGUCUGGAUUGUAUUUUUUUACUCUUUACAGAAUAUUUAGUCAUUUCAACCAGUCUCUAAGGAUAUUCUAUUCAGUCUAACUAGUCUCUAAGGAGUCUUCAGUCAGUCAAACUAGUCCCUAACAUUUGACUUAAUAUCUAAACCAAAACAAUGUGGACCAAACUGUGUCUUUAAGCUGCCAAGCAUGAAAAACCAACAGUCUCCACUAGAGGUCAGUGUAUGCUCAUGACUACAUCACUCUAAUUGCACACCACACACACACACACACAUAUGUUGUGCUGAUUGGAGUGUCAGGCAGAGGUGGACAAGUUCCACAUCAGUUAAGUGAGCAGGACUGCAGCAGAACCUCACAGCUGUGAAGUCAUGAUGUGAGUCCCCAUCGUUCACCCGGGAGGAGGAACUUCCUGCGGCACCACGAGCAGGAUGAAGACCGUCAAGUGAACUUCGCAUAAGAAUGACAUCAUCAGUCUCUGCCCCCCCGUCCCUCUUCCUCAUCCUCUUCUUCUUCUUGGGUCGCGAGCACCCCGUCGCCACCCAGCUACCACGGCUACGCCUCCUCGUGUUCCUGUGCUUGUGGACGGACCAGGAGGGGCUGCGGGCGACGGCCUCUCAUCAACACUUCCACCCGCACUCCAUCAAGAUCCCGGGCGACAUCACCCUGGGCGGCCUGUUCCCCAUCCACGCUCGCGGACCCCACGGCCUGCCUUGCGGCGAGCUGAAGAAAGAGAAGGGCAUCCACCGCAUGGAGGCCAUGCUGUACGCCUUGGACCAAAUCAACAGCGACCCUGAGCUGCUGCCCAACAUCACGCUGGGCGCUCGCAUCCUUGACACAUGCUCCAGGGACACCUAUGCCCUGGAACAGUCCCUCACCUUCGUCCAGGCCCUGAUCCAGAAAGACACGUCCGACAUCCGCUGCUCCGACGGCGCACCGCCGAUCAUCCGAAAACCGGAGCGAGUGGUGGCGGUUAUCGGCGCCUCGGCCAGCUCUGUGUCCAUCAUGGUGGCCAACAUCCUGCGUCUCUUUGAGAUCCCUCAGGUGAGCUACGCGUCCACAGCUCCGGAACUGAGCGACAACAAUCGCUACGACUUCUUCUCUAGGGUGGUUCCUCCAGACUCCUACCAGGCUCAGGCCAUGUUGGACAUUGUCAAAGCCCUGGGCUGGAACUACGUGUCCACGCUGGCCUCCGAGGGCAACUACGGCGAGAGCGGAGUGGACGCCUUCGUGCAGAUCUCCCGGGAGGCCGGCGGGGUGUGUAUUGCCCAGUCGGUAAGGAUCCCUCGCGAGCCCACCGAUGGGGAGUUUGACAAGAUCAUCAGGCGCCUGAUGGAGACCAGCAACGCCAGAGGAGUCAUCAUCUUUGCUAACGAGGACGACAUCAAACAGGUCCUUGAGGCGGCCAAGCGCGCCAACCUGACGGGCCACUUCCUGUUUGUGGGCUCUGACAGCUGGGGGGCAAAGAGCUCGCCAAUCAUGGAGCUGGAGGACGUCGCAGAGGGCGCCGUCACCAUCCUGCCAAAACGGGCCUCCAUAGACCGCUUUGAUCAGUACUUCAUGUCACGCUCUCUGGAGAACAACCGCCGCAACAUCUGGUUCAACGAGUUCUGGGAAGACGACUUCCGGUGUAAACUGACCCGGCCGGGAGUCAAAGUGGACCCUGGGAAAAAGAAGUGCACAGGGCAGGAGAGAAUCGGCCAGGACUCUUCUUACGAGCAGGAAGGGAAGGUCCAGUUUGUGAUCGACGCAGUCUACGCCGUGGCUUACGCGCUGCACAGCAUGCAGCAGAACCUCUGUGGCGCCGCCUCGGGGGUCUGCAACAACAUGGACCCGGUGGAGGGACGCUCGCUGCUGGACUACAUCCGAGCCGUCAAUUUCAACGGAAGUGCCGGCACCAGCGUUCUGUUCAAUGAGAACGGAGACGCCCCGGGUCGCUACGACAUCUUCCAGUUCCAGAUGACCAAUCACAGUCACCCCGGCUACCAUGUCAUCGGCCAGUGGACCAACAACCUGCGUCUCAAGCUGGAGGAGAUGCAGUGGUCUGGGGGAGACAAAUCCCUUCCAGACUCCAUUUGUAGUUUUCCUUGCAAGCCAGGAGAGAGGAAGAAGAUGGUGAACGGGGUGCCCUGCUGCUGGCAUUGUGAGCUCUGCGAUGGCUACCAGUACCAACUGGACGAGUUCACCUGCGAGACGUGUCCCUCAGAUAUGCGGCCGCUUCCCAACAGAACCGCCUGCCGUCCCACACCCAUCAUCAAACUGGAGUGGAACUCCCCCUGGGCCCUAGUGCCCGCUUCCCUUUCAAUGCUUGGUAUCCUAGCAACCAGCACGGUCGUCAUCGCCUUCGUCCGCUUUAACGACACGCCCAUCGUCCGAGCGGCGGGAAGAGAGCUCAGCUACGUGUUAUUGACAGGGAUCUUUUUGAUCUACUUGAUCACUUUCCUGAUGAUCGCCGAGCCGGGCGUGGUGGUAUGUGCCCUGCGGCGCCUCCUGCUGGGCCUGGGCACGGCCAUCACCUACUCGGCCAUGCUGACCAAAACCAACCGCAUCUACCGGAUAUUUGAGCAGGGCAAGAGGUCGGUCACGCCGCCCAAGUUCAUCAGCCCCACCUCCCAGCUGCUCAUCACCUUAGUCCUCGUCUCCGUCCAGGUGUUUGGUGUGUUUGUGUGGUUCGCCGUCGUGCCGCCUCACACCAUCGUGGACUACGACGAGCUCCGCCCCCCUAACCCCGACCUGGCCCGAGGGAUUCUCAAGUGCGACAUGUUGGACCUGUCGCUCAUCUGCUGCCUCAGCUACAGCAUGGUCCUCAUGGUGACGUGCACCGUGUACGCCGUGAAAAGCCGCAAAGUCCCGGAGACUUUCAACGAGGCUAAGCCCAUCGGCUUCACCAUGUACACCACCUGUAUCGUCUGGCUGGCCUUCCUGCCCAUCUUCUUUGGCACAGCGCAGUCCACAGAAAAGAUGUUCAUCCAGACGGCCACCCUGACCGUGUCCAUGACUCUCAGCGCCUCCGUCUCCCUGGGCAUGCUCUACAUCCCCAAAGUAUACGUCAUCCUCUUCCACCCCGAGCAGAACAUCCCCAAGAGGAAGAAAAGCUUCAAGGGUGUGGUCCAGGCUGCUCAGAUGUCUCGCAGGUCCCAACAGAACGGAAAGAGCAACUUCGAGCCGGACAGGACGCAGUGACCCCAAGCAUGAAGGACACCGUGAGUCUGACCAAUCCCUGCACGCCUGAUGGUGGCGUGGUGAAGAUCACACGGUUCACUGCCUUCCUUCCUGUUUCUUCAGUCUUCUGCUGAUCUCUUCUGGUGUUUUGUAAAGCAGUGUUUCCACCAAGACACAUAUACAUCAGGCCACCAAUCAAAAAAAGUAGGCUAGAGUCAUUACUGAAAUAGUCACAGAUUGCCUGUUUAGUUUCUACACUGGCAGUCGUCAUCAAGGUGAAGCUGGAGCCUAUCCCAGCUAGAGGCCUAUGUAUGAACACAAACAAACAUUCCUACUCACUCCCAGUGGGUGAACAAGGGAAUGGGUCGAAUGCAGAGGACAAAUUUCACCACACCUAGUGUGUGUGUGAGACAAUCAUUGGUACUUUAACUUUAACAUUCUCACCUACAGUCUGGACUCUUUCAUUUGGAGUCUCCACUGAUCACUGCUUUUAAAACUAUCUCUUAUUCUUGGACUUUUAUUCACACCUGACUUCAUUUCUGACUAUUUUUCUUCUGAUAAAUUUUGAUAACAUGAGGUGGAAUCAAUUAGCCAAUCGUUUGAUCCACGGGUGUCCAAACCUUUUCCACUGAGGGCCGCACACUGAAAAAUCAAAGCAUGCGGGGGCAAUUUUGAUAUUUUUCAUUUUGAAAACCAUGCAAUAUAUAGAUUUGUUUUUAACCUUUGGGUCUCCCUUCAAGUUUGGUUCACAGGUCUGUCCUAAAAAAAUGUUUUAAAUUAGGCAUAUAUACAGUAUAUUUAUAUAUGUUUUAUACAAACCCCGUUUCCAUAUGAGUUGGGAAAUUGUGUU